GCAGAAGCCCGUUGAGGCGGAACGUUGUGGUAAUAGUAUUUUUUCGAGCUCAUUUUCUAUUGCAAACCGCCUUAUUUUCAUCUUUUAAGACACGGCAGUGCCACAUGAGAAAAAGGGAGUGUCGGCACACUCAGCUCGAGAGCAAGUCACUCGUGUGUGCGCUCAACAUAGCCCUAUCUGAAAGCCCAUCUCGUGAGACGCAGGUGAAGGGGGCAGCGGCAGGCGCGUCAGUGCGCGCUCACAUCCGAGUCGCUCAGAUGGAGUUCUGCUCCGCAGUUCAACGAGCGUGAGGCAAUGCGAAUUCACCUGCUGGAGCACUGUGAUCACGCUGCGGGGAAAACUGACGCGCUGGGAGAAGUUGCUGUUUGAAGAAUAAACCGCACAAUGUUUGGAUUAAAAUUAAGGACACGUUUUAUGUGGAUUAUUAACUGUGCAGAUAAAUGAGAGCUUUAAUUAUACAUCUCUGAGCAAGUGAACCUAAGCGAAUGCGAUGCAACUCGCUUCCUUGCAGAUCUCGCGAAGAAGCAUCCAAAAUUGAUAUAUUCGCGGAUCUUUGCUAAAAAUCAACGUCGCUUUUUUUAGUGCCCUGCGGCACGCGAUUUUGAUGUCAGACGAGGCUGCUGCUCCGUCGCCAUGACGACCGAGGAGUGUCCUGUGCCGCUUGGCGUGAGCCAGGUGGGGGCCAGGCGGUUCGAGGACUUUGGCUCCUCUCAAGGGGAUGACAUCAUCGAAGAGGUGGGGCCUUGCGAUGAUGCCGGCAGCGACCUCAGCACCUUGGUCGUGCCGUUUCCAGAGUUGGCGCCUGUGGUUUUCUUCUGUCUCAAGCAGACCACCUGCCCGCGUAACUGGUGCAUUCGCAUGGUGUCGAGCCCGUGGUUCGAGCGCAUCAGUAUCAUGGUGAUCCUGCUAAACUGCGUCACUCUGGGAAUGUACCAGCCCUGCGAGAACAUCGACUGCACCUCAGAACGCUGUCAGAUUCUACAGGCAUUCGAUGCAUUUAUCUAUAUAUUUUUUGCACUGGAGAUGGUGGUGAAGAUGGUGGCCCUGGGGAUCUUUGGCCGUCGCUGUUACCUUGGCGAUACUUGGAACAGACUGGACUUUUUUAUCGUCAUGGCAGGGAUUGUGGAAUACUCCCUUGAUCUCCAGAACAUCAACUUCUCCGCCAUCAGAACAGUGCGCGUACUCAGACCCCUGAAAGCCAUCAACAGAGUACCCAGUAUGCGUAUUCUGGUCAACCUGCUGCUGGACACUCUGCCCAUGCUGGGAAACGUGCUCCUGCUCUGUUUCUUUGUCUUUUUCAUUUUUGGCAUCAUUGGAGUGCAGUUGUGGGCUGGACUGUUGAGAAAUCGCUGUUACCCGGAGGAGAACUUCACCCUAACAUCUGGCAUUACUCUUCCCACCCCGUAUUAUCAGCCUGAGGAGGAUGACGAGCGGCCCUUCAUCUGUUCGCUGCCCCAGGAUAACGGCAUCAUGUCCUGCAGCGAUGUGCCUGCUCGGCGAGAGGGCGGACGGGAAUGCUGUCUGGAUAAAGAAGAUGCGCUGCACCGUCAGGCCCUGGGCCUCAGCGCGGAGCCGCUGGUUAAUGGCAGUGCCUCCGCCAUGGGGCUCUGUAUCAACUGGAAUCAGUACUACACCCGCUGUCACACUGGACACACAAACCCUCAUAAAGAUGCCAUCAACUUCGACAACAUUGGUUAUGCCUGGAUCGUCAUAUUUCAGGUGAUCACUCUGGAGGGCUGGGUGGAGAUCAUGUACUACGUCAUGGACGCUCAUUCCUUCUACAACUUCAUCUAUUUUAUAUUCCUCAUUAUCAUUGGGUCUUUCUUCAUGAUCAAUCUGUGCCUGGUCGUCAUUGCUACGCAGUUUUCUGAGACCAAACAGCGUGAACACCAGCUAAUGCAGGAGCAGCGUGCUCGCUGCCUGUCCUCCAGCACGCUGGCGUCGCUCGCAGAGCCCGGAGACUGCUAUGAGGAGCUCUUCCAACUGGUCUGCCACAUCCUACGCAAGGCCCGACGCCGCUCAGCCGCCCUUUACUACACGCUCCGUGGCAAAGCCCCUCCCCCUGGGGGAGGAAGGGGGCGUGGUAGGGGAGGACCGGAGUCGGUUGGGGGAGGAGCUAAUGUGAACGGAGGAGAAAGACACCAUUGCCACUCAGCUCAGAUGGCUGACUGUAUUCACGAAAGCAAGUUGGACCACAGCUCCCAAACUCUCGAGAACGCCGUUUCCCUCUCCGUCACUCCAAACCCAGAGGAAUGCUCGCAGUGUGCCGCUGCCCUGUCGAUCAAAGAGGGAUCGGGGUCGCUGGACCACUCGGCCAAUGGGGAGGAAGGAGGGAGCGACACGGAUGAGAACCCCUUGGAUGAGAGGGGGGAUGAGGAAGACACAGAGGAAAUGCAAAAGAGCAAACGCACCUGUUUGGUGAAAUGUAAAGACCUUUGGGAUGAAAUGAGAGUAAAGCUUUGGGGUAUCGUGGAGAGCAAGUACUUCAACAGAGGGAUUAUGAUCGCCAUCCUUAUCAAUACAAUCAGCAUGGGCAUCGAGCACCACAACCAGCCCGAUGAGCUGACUAAUGUCCUGGAAAUUUGUAAUAUAGUGUUCACCAGCAUGUUUACGCUGGAGAUGAUCCUCAAGCUCACCGCCUUUGGCUUCUUUGAGUAUCUGAGAAACCCCUACAAUAUCUUUGAUGGCAUCAUUGUGAUCAUCAGUGUUUGUGAGAUCAUCGGGCAGUCUGACGGAGGUCUGUCCGUCCUGAGGACGUUCAGACUGCUGAGGGUCAUAAAGCUGGUGCGGUUCAUGCCAGCUCUGCGCAGACAGCUGGUGGUCCUCAUGAAGACCAUGGACAACGUGGCCACCUUCUGCAUGUUACUAAUGCUCUUUAUCUUUAUAUUCAGUAUUCUUGGAAUGCACAUCUUUGGCUGUAAGUUUAGCCUGAAGACAGAAGCUGGGGACACGGUACCUGACAGAAAAAAUUUUGACUCUCUGCUUUGGGCCAUUGUCACAGUGUUUCAGAUCUUAACUCAGGAGGACUGGAACAUGGUUCUUUAUAAUGGCAUGGCCUCUACCUCCCCGCUGGCAGCCCUGUAUUUCGUGGCCCUCAUGACCUUCGGGAACUAUGUUCUCUUCAAUCUGCUUGUGGCCAUCCUGGUGGAGGGAUUUCAGGCUGAGGGCGACGCUAACCGUUCCUACUCCGAUGAUGACAGAUCCUCCUGUAACUUAGAAGAAACAGAAAAGAAAGACUCUCUUCAGCUGUCAGAUCCCAAGAUUUCAACUUUGACCCCUAAUGGGCAUCUGGACUUGGCCCCUGCACCCAACGCCAGGGGUCUGUAUCCAUCAGAAAGGCUCAGUUUUGCCUUGGGUUCUGCCUUGGGUUCUCGCAAGAGCAGCGUGAGCUCUCUGGGCAGGGCUAGCCUGGAGCAGACGACUCUGUGCCCUGGACGAGCCUCUCUGUACCACAACUGGGGGCGGCCCGCCCGGCAAGGCGUGUGGAGUCGCAGGUCAAGUUGGAAUAGCUUGGGGCGAUCCUCAAGAUGCCUUGGGAUGGGCGGAGGAGGAAGUUUAAGGGUCCGAAGUCCUCACUCCCGACCCGCCGAGCAGGAGUCCCUGCUCUCACCACCUGCCCUGCAUCCGCCUAUCCUCUCCAGACACUUCGUACUGCGCAAAGAAAGGAGGGCACUCUCUCUGGAGCUCCCAGAGCUGCUGCAGGUGCCCAGGCCGGCCUUGCCUCCUCUGCACCCUCGUCAGCGCAAGAAGAGCAUCUCUGGUGGGCAGGGAAGUGUUGGAGAUCACCAGGACUGUAAUGGGAAGACCCCCUCAGUCCAACCUCAGAUCAUCAAUGAAGUCUACCCUCAGGUCAAUGCACGCAAGGACAGGGAGGAUCUAGACGAUGAGCUGGACUAUAGUUUAUGUUUCCGGCUCCAGAAGAUGAUGGAGGUGUACAGACCAGACUGGUGUGAGACCAGGGAAGACUGGUCCGUGUUCCUCUUCUCUCCACAAAACAAGUUCAGGUUGUUGUGUCAGUCCAUCAUAGCUCAUAAACUGUUUGACUAUGUGGUUCUGGUCUUCAUCUUCUCAAACUGCAUCACUGUGGCUUUGGAGAGACCCAAGAUUCUUCAGGGUAGCCUGGAAAGGCUUUUUCUCACCGUGUCCAAUUACAUUUUCACAGCCAUAUUUGUGGGAGAAAUGACACUCAAGGUGGUGUCGAUGGGUUUGUAUAUUGGCGAGCAGGCGUACCUGCGCAGCAGCUGGAACAUUCUGGAUGGUUUCUUGGUUUUCGUUUCAUUGAUUGACAUUGUCGUGUCAAUGGCGGGCGGGGCCAAGAUUCUGGGCGUGCUCAGGGUUCUGAGGCUUCUGCGCACGCUGCGACCCCUCAGGGUUAUCAGUCGAGCUCCUGGCCUCAAGCUGGUUGUGGAGACUUUGAUCACCUCUCUGAAACCUAUAGGAAACAUAGUUCUCAUCUGCUGUGCUUUUUUCAUCAUCUUUGGCAUCCUGGGAGUCCAGCUAUUCAAAGGCAAGUUUUACUACUGCUUAGGCCUGGAUGUCAAAAACAUCACCAACAAGUCUGACUGUCUCUCGGCCAAUUACAAGUGGGUCCAUCACAAGUACAACUUUGACAACCUGGGGCAGGCUUUGAUGUCCCUGUUUGUUCUGGCUUCAAAGGACGGUUGGGUCAAUAUCAUGUAUCAUGGUCUGGAUGCAGUAGGAGUUGACCAGCAGCCCACAAUAAAUAACAACCCGUGGAUGCUGCUGUACUUCAUCUCCUUCCUCCUCAUCGUCAGCUUCUUCGUGCUGAACAUGUUCGUGGGCGUGGUGGUGGAGAACUUCCACAAGUGCCGACAGCACCAGGAGGUGGAGGAGGCCAAGAGGAGGGAAGAGAAGAGACUGAGGCGCAUGGAGAAGAAAAGAAGAAAGGCCCAGAAGUUACCCUACUACGCCAGUUAUAGUCAUGUGCGUUUGAUGAUCCACACACUCUGCACCAGUCACUACCUGGACAUCUUCAUCACCUUCAUCAUCUGCGUGAACGUCGUGACUAUGUCACUCGAGCACUACAGCCAGCCACAUUCUCUGGAGAUCGCGCUCAAAUACUGUAAUUAUUUCUUCACCAGCACCUUUGUGCUGGAGGCUGUCCUAAAGCUCAUCGCGUUCGGCUUCCGACGUUUCUUCAAAGACAGGUGGAACCAGCUGGAUUUGGCUAUAGUUCUGCUGUCAAUCAUGGGCAUCACACUGGAGGAGAUUGAGAUCAGUGCUGCUCUUCCUAUCAACCCCACCAUUAUACGCAUCAUGAGGGUCCUGCGCAUCGCCCGUGUGUUAAAGCUAUUAAAGAUGGCCACAGGAAUGAGAGCCCUGCUGGAUACGGUAGUUCAAGCCCUGCCACAGGUGGGGAAUCUUGGCCUGCUCUUCAUGCUUCUGUUCUUUAUUUAUGCUGCUCUGGGGGUGGAGCUGUUUGGAGAGCUGGUGUGUAAUGAGGACUACCCGUGUGAGGGCAUGAGUCGCCACGCCACCUUUGAGAACUUCGGCAUGGCGUUCCUCACGCUUUUCCAGGUUUCCACCGGUGAUAACUGGAACGGUAUUAUGAAGGACACUCUUCGCGAAUGCCCGUCCGGCGAAUACACCUGCAAUCCCAGCCUGCAGUUCAUCUCUCCGCUGUACUUUGUGAGCUUCGUUCUGACAGCUCAGUUUGUUCUCAUCAAUGUGGUCGUGGCGGUGCUGAUGAAACACCUGGACGACUCAAACAAAGAAGCCCAGGAAGAGGCUGAGAUGGAUGCAGAGAUUGAACUGGAGCUGGCCCAGGGAACGCUCUGCUGCACCGGAGGGUUGGGAGGAGGAGGGGGAGAGAGGAGUGGAGGGGGGCUUCAGGCAGCUGGCCCAAGCUCUGCUAUUCCACCUCACUGCCCAAACACACACACAGGAGCCUGUGAACUCAACAGUGCCAGGAAACUCUACUCCCCCGCCCAGGAGAACCUGUGGCUGGACAGUGUCUCUCUGCUCAUCAAAGACUCAUUUGAAGGAGAGAUGCUGAUGAUUGACAACCUCUCGGGCUCAGUCUUCCAUCAUUAUUCCUCCCCACCCAUCUGCAAAGACUGCAGGACUCAUCCGCAGGAGCAGAUCCACAUGGCUGAACUGGAGCAGGCGUCUUUAAGGUCAGAGCAGCUCUCAGAUAAGUCAUCUUCUCCAGCGCUGCCUGAUGACCUCAGUCUGGAUGAACAGAGCGUGUACCAGAUGGCUGCAAAGGAGAGCAAGGAAAAGGGCUGCGAUGAGUUUCUGACCUCAGAAGAACCAGGAGGGAAAGGUCACAGCAGGUUGCAAAGACCCUGUCGAGUUUACAGCUCCGGGGCAGAGGAAGAGCCGACGGGGGCUGGUUUUCAAAGUCCGCAUCAAUGUCACAACACACCUGCUCGUCACAGCAUUGGUGGAGUUCCCUGUAGCAGUAAUGGAGAGUGUGCAGGAGUCUCUGGAGGUUUGAGCGGCUCUAACACUCCCAUUCGCCUCCCUGCUGAAUUCUUCCACCCGGCAGCCGCCGCCCUCCCUGCUCCUCCCAGUGGCAGACUGGGACACAAACCAAGAGGGCUUCGGCUAACUUCACCAGCCUCAUGGGCUUCUCUGCGCUCUCCUGGAGCCAAUACCAGACUGCUCACCACACAAUAUCCAUCUCACAGCGACUCCUCUCUGGCUACGGGCAGCUCAGAGGGCAGCCUCCCCACAACCAUGGAAGAAAUGCUCAGUUUCAUUGCAUCUGCUCAACAGAACCCUGAGCUCACCCUUCCCCUACUAGACACGCCUCUUGACGAGGACACCAACCUCUCCACAGAGACCCUGAGACCAAGCCCACCAGCUGCCCAGAACCUCCACACCACCAGGGGGCACCAGCGUAGCAAGAGCAGCUGCGGAACCAACACUAGGCAAGGCUCCGUAGAUCCAUCCGACGACGAUACAGGGAUGGUACGGUGCAGCUCCAACCAGACUUGCGACAGCCAGCAGCUCUCGGAGACCCUGAGCAGCUUCUCGCUCACGUCGUUGUUUCUGCCGAGCUCUCUAGCAUCUACGUCUGUGAAAAAGUGCAACAGCACUGGCAGCUUAGACCAGGGGACUGUCACAUCCCAAGAAAUGGAGGGCAGGCACGUUUUUGCAAAAGAGCCACAGGGUAAUCUCAGCGGACCCUGGAAAGAGCGGAAGGAAGGGGGAAGAGAGAAGCAGUCGGAAGCAACCCAGGGCAAGGACGGGGAAAGUACAAGCCAAAUAACAAUCGUAGGCUCCAGCAAAAAUAGAUGAAACUCUACCUAGUGUUAGUUAUUUCUAAGGCCAACUGCCCGAUCUCUCUGUUUUUUGUUCAGAGAGCGGAUUGACUCUUGGCAUUCCGUCUAAAAAAUCUCUCUAGCUCCCUGUUUUCAUUUGUGACCUGUUACCAUUUUGUAUUUGCUUGGACUGGUUUCAGUCAGUGUCCGACAGAGUCACUGGUUGUAGGGAAUUGAGAGAAAAGUGUUCGGUCCCUCUGUGCAUGACUAGACUCAGAGGGGGCUGUUCACACAGAUGUCUGUACGACCCGAGUUAUCAUGUCAGGGAGACAACAAACAGUGCACGCAAAGCUGAAUCCCGUGAGGAAUUGUGUGGUUGGUGGUAAAUCAAAAAUGAACUAUAUAUAAACAUAUAGAGAGAAAGAGCAAGAGAGCAACCAACGAUAAACAUACAGUAGUAAAGAAGUUUUCUUCUGUAAUACAGGGCAUGACUGGUUUUAUGAUUACAUUCAGUUAAAUUAAUAAUGAUUCAAGGACAUUAACUCUUUCACUAAACACAUUUUUUUGUAGUUUAUGCAUUUACUUGUCCGUUUAUGUCAGUUUGUCUGAAUGUAGUUGAGAGGAAGGCGUUCCAGUUUAUGGUUUUGUCUGUUGCAUGCUGUCUUUUUGAUGUCUAUUUAUUUAUUGUUUCGGUUAUUUAUUAUUUAUGAAUUUCAUUAAAGGGCAAAUGUAAUGCAAAACCUUUUCCAUUAGGAGGGAAAAAUAUGGACACUGGACAGUCCACUGCAUGAUGGAGUCUCUACAAAGACAACCAGUUUAACAAAUACCACAUGAAGAUGUCAAUGCUGGAUGAGAGCAGAAAGGUUUUUACUCAGAUAUUUUUUUAUUGAUAUGCUCUGGAUUUAAAAAAACAGGUGACGGUUGUCACUUUAGUCCUCUCCACAACCCCGAAACGUGUGACUUUAUUCCCUGCAAGUGGCUUCCAUUUUUAUAAUUUUGGUUACGUGGAGGGGACUUUUUGUAUGCUUGGAUGUAAAGGACCAAUGGAUUGAAAAAAAAAGAAAAAACCACGGAUUUUAAACUGUGGAUUACAUUAAACUCUUGGAUGAUGUGUACACAGCCAGACAACGGAUGGUGAACAGGCCAUGGGAUUUAAUGUUUCUUCAAGAACCCUGGAGCUUCUACUGUAUUUUGUUCCUUGGAUGGCAUGUCAGAUGAGUACAAUGGUGACAUUUAGCUUUCAUUUCGACAUACAGUAACUAGGUUAAUUGGAUUUGCAGCAGACGCGAUUAUUUAUGCAGGAAUUUUCUUUAGCAUGGUUACAGGACUUCAGUAGGCCACCUCUUAUUAUUAUUCCUCCUCCUCCUCCUCCUGAAAAAAUGCACUCGUUUGAUCUUUAUUUCAUGUAGCUUAGACUCAAUUGGUCAUGUGAAUUCAUGUGCAAAUGCAGCUUUUUUUGUUUCAAAUGUAGGUAUGACAAAUAUCCAAAAUAUGAUGAAUUCUUAGUUUAGCCUGCUAUUGUAUUUAGUACCCCUGGUGGGUUUUUUUCUUUUAAUUUACUUGAAUCUCAAAAUUAGGCCUGUUGAUGAACUUCAUUGUCAUUUGAUUGGUUGUUAUCGUCAAUACAUGAUGUUGGAUUUCUGUACAUACAUCCGUUGUGUUUUGGUUAAGUCAGGACCAAGUGCAGGAUUGUCAUUAUCCUACCUAUUCCAUUCACGGGUUAAAUUGAUUUCAGCAGAACACCACAACAAAGGGCUUACUUAGUUUUCAAGGUGUUCAUGAAUCUUACAAGACAAUUUUGCUAUUAGUGUGCAUGACUUCAAAGCUUAGUCUGACACUACAGCAAUAAACAGUAGCUAUGUGUGCCCCAAAUACACAUAAUGAUGUCACAGUGAUGAUUUUAAAAUAGAAUAUUUAACCUUGUUAACUACACUCACAUGGUGUGAAGAUAUUGGAUAUUUAACAAAAUAAGUUAAUAGGGAAGUGCUGGACCAAUGAGAUUCAACAGUGGGUGUGGCCAUCCAGCGCAAUGCCACAGGAAUUAAAAUCAAACUAUCAUUUACACAUUCAUCUGUUUAAGAAGUGAUCUUAUCAAUUGCCGUUUUGUCAAGUCACACACAUAGAGUGUCACAAUUCCUGCACAAUGUGAGGGCUGAUCACAUUACGCGUAAAUACGAAUAAAUGGGCUGCCGACGGUUCAGAUGAGCAAAUGAAGUCAUUUAGAACUCAGGGCCUUGGAAAUACCACUACUUACUGCUCGUUUCCUCAGGGAAACAGAUGGCGGAGUCGAGAAGGACUGUGUGGUAAAUGUAAUGUUUAAUGCUUCGCUUUUAAUGCUCUGAUAAGUUUGCAUCACAAACACGGCAAAACAGAAGCGGUGGCCAGUUUCACAUUAGCAACAGGUAAAGUGCUUCACAGCUGUUGCUGUAUAGUUUGACAUACGUGUAAUAAUGUAGCUUAAAGAUGCAUUUAUUAAGGAGGUGCGUUUGAUGUUGAGUAAUGGAUUUUAUACAGAGCUCGGUGUGUCUUGUCAAUGGGUUGAACGUGUACAUAUCCUUUUAUAUUAAUUGAAUUGCAUGUGUGCUAUGACCAAUGACAAUGAUACAUGCGUUUUAGAGUGUUUGAGGCUUACACAGAUGUUAUUCUCUUUUCCCCACCCCUCAAGUCUUCCUUGUUUAAGAGUUAAAUCUGUAUUGAUGUACAGUAAACCCACAUUUGCAACCAUGUUUUAUUGAUGAAACUAGUUUUCCUGUCCACUGAUUUCCUCCGUUGGCACUAGUCAAACCACUAUAGUAGCUUUGAUCCCCUGUUAGACAUUUAUAUCCCAAAAGAGUUCAAAUUCUUGAAAUCCCCCUUGUAAAAAAGCAAUAAAGCCCCAUGUAGCAUGGCCUUGAAAAGAUGGUUCUGACAGCAGACAGGUUUGGGAACGGCCAUGUGGUGGGUCAGAAAGCUCCGAGGCGGAGACACAUAUGGGACAAGUGUUGUGUCUCCACCUAAACAUCUCUGCCCUCCAGCUAUCUGUCCUUUAAAUGUCAUCUGCUCUGCUGCUCCGAGUCAUGACGGCACACUUAUGGGGCCGUGGUGUCACCAGCCCAGGGAAUCUUGAGGCUGUUGCGCUGGUCUACAAAUCUAGUUAUUUUAUUAUAUCGAAGUUAUCUGGUUACCACUUGUGUAUGAAUGGUAAAUGAGUAGCAUAGCUGUAGCUGCAGUUUGUAAAGUUAUGGAGGUCGUGUCCUUUAUAUGUUUAACUCACACGCUCUGAAUCUGGCUUAUCUAAUCAUUACAGCACCAGAGGACGUCUGUGAGAUGUAUGGAGAACCUCUGACAUCAUGGCUGUGUGAGUUUUUUAUCUGGAGCUUGAGUAAUUACCCCGUCUGCCUGGAAUAAAGCAAGCGCUAAGGAAAAGUCACACGGUUCAAAUAAAGACGAUCCUCCCACUUAAUGACAAAAAAAUGAUCUUCGGUAAUGACCAGGGCACCUCCGAGAGGACAAUGGGAAAGAUACCCUUGUGAUGUACUCUAAAGCUUUUAACGUAUCCCUAUUUUCUGCACCUCGGUUUCGAAAGGAUAAGAAAUGCUUGAAUUGAUUUGUAGGUGUUGUAUUUUUGGACUAAAUUGCAGCUUGGUGUGCUCGAGUACAUCCCUGAGUAGGUGUGUUUGAGACGCUUAAUCUCUCGCUCUCCCUUUUCCCCGUACACCUCCCUCAUUUGGUUUGUUUGGCAGUUACUAAAUCAAGGCACUAGCACUCCUUCAUCGCUGAGCACACGGCUUCACAUACCUGAAAUAUGGUGUUCUGCUCACACACGCACACGCAUCAGUUUUAUCAAGGUGACACAAAGCAAAUCGCUCCUGACACGCUGCUCGGGCUCUGUUACUGCAGCUCCACCGCAUUUAUUGCAGAUUAGAAAGAGAUGAGGAGAUAAAAGACACAAAACAAAAACAUACUCCAUAAACAACAGGAACAGAGGACAGAAUGUAAUCUCGAUGGCUGUCAAUCUUCCCCAUUAGACACGGUGUAGAUAUAAAGCUAGGCUAAUGUCAUCUACGGUGUGCUUCUUAACUGGUGGGCAGCACGUCUGACCUUAUAGACAAGAUCACAGAGAGUAGCAAAAAAACUAACUUCAAAUGUUAGAAUGCAGCUGACAUUAUAGCAAAAUAUUUUCGCUUCAACAACAUUUUUGUCUUUCUUUUUUUGUCAUAUAUUGUUGCUCAUGUCAAAUCAGAUAUAUAAAAUUUACCUGUGUUUGAGCACAAAUGUACUUAAAUUGUCAUUAUUAUUAUUAGUAGUAGUAGUAGUAGUAGUAGUAGUAUAAUUUUAUAAAUAAAUGUCAUGCCAGAUCUGCCUACAAAACUAACCCAAUGGCCAAUCGAAACUAGCCCAAGACUAGCACAACUACCCCACCCCUAAUACCAAAACUCAAAAAAGUCUCUACUAAAAUAUAUAAUGCAUUACACAAUUUCUUUUGAUUAAAAUCGCUGUAUAUAAAUGAUCAUAAACACCAUCUUUUUACAUGAAUAAUUUCAUCUUUAGUUAAAAAUGACCAAUGACGAACAAAAUCUUUCCAUCUUUAACCCUCGGAAUAAAAAACACCCGUUUAAAAGUAGCCUAAUUCCGCUGGAAAAGUAUAAAUUUGGCAACACUGGGCAUGGUGUUAUCAAUAGUGCCAAUGUCAUUAUUGGCUGCCAAAAAAAGAAAUACAUUAAUAUUUAAUAGAAAGUAAAAUGGCUGAGUAGAUAAUACAAUUAUUAAAAUAAGAAAUGUUUGAUUUCGGAACGUUUGAUUUAGGGACAUUUCCGUGAACAUUUGUACACUAAACUGGUCUCAUGUUGUGUUGCCAUUUGAUGCAAAAUCCCUCAGACAAAGCCAGUUUUGAACUUAUGUCCGAAACUAUACCUUCAUUUUCUAUUGAACAUCAGACUGCAGGUGUGUCUGGAUAUUACCCAGCUCUCUGGCCUUGAUGCUCAUUCCAUAGACAGCUGUGUAUUAAGAAGCUAAUUGAGAGAGUAUAGUCUGGUGGUUUUAUUCUGUGCGUGUGGCUUCACAAGUGCUUCGAGUCAGAUGUUGUUAAGAGAUGAGGCCUGAAUGUAGAGUUUGUUUUCUUUUAUUCCCAUCAGGCACAUGAGGACAUGUCUGACUACAAAACCGAACGACUUGAAUACAAAUGUGUGUUUCCCUGUAGACUUCUUUUCAUUGCUAUGCAGGUUUUUUAGAUAUAACAUGAUUAUGCUUGUGUUGCAUGAACCUUCCCAGGUUUGAAUGAUAAUUUUCCGUUAAAACGUUGUCCGUGCGGAAACGUGCAUUAAUAUUCAUGUUCCAGAGAGCUUGUAAAUGCGAGUUCACUUUCAGUUAAUCGAAUUCACUGUUUAACUUGCACCUGUUUCUGAGUUACGUCAAAGUUCAUGUAUGUUUAAUAGACUACUUUGGGAAAUGAAUAUUCAUCCCUGUUCCUUCUACUAACCUAAAAACACGGUAAAGUUUAACCUCAUCUGGCUUCUCGAAUCCUCAAGAUCUGUAAAACGAAAUUCGUAUACUCAAUUGAGACAGCAGGUGUUUUGGGUUGAACACCGUGUCCCAGAACUCUUCUUGGAAACAAAGGAGAUCUUUUUUUGGUCAUGAGACUGAUGAUUAUUCUUAUUUGUAAUGACGGCAUCAUCAUUUCUUGUUUGGAUAAGGCAACGCUGAGGCUGUCUGGGCUUGUCUGUGAUCACUGCGACAGCCUUAUGAAGUGUCAAAUUUUAGUUAUUAGGUUUGCCCAGACUCACCUUGCCUGGGAUUGAAUCAUGGCUGGAAAGUUGGCAUCUAAAUUAGAGAACCACUACUAAAUGCGCCGUUUAUUGUUUCGGCAGAUGAAUUGAACCAUUGAAAUGAAAAAUCCUUCACAUGCCUGGAGCACUGAGAAUUUCAGACUGGUUUUGUUUAAACGUUAACACAUGGAAACUAAUACCUAAAUCUUACUGAUUCGCCAAAAAGAAAAAUCAUCUACACACUAAUCUUAUAAAAAUAUCACUCAAAGCUGCUGUGUAAACCUAAGGAAAUUAUUUGAAAUCUAUUUCUUUCCAGGUAAUGCCCUUUUUAAAGUAUAUUUAAGCAAUAGAUUUGCUUGUUGCAACAUUUUGUCAACUUAUUUCUUUGUAGAGAAUAGCAUUUACAGCCAAAACGAGCAAUAUGAAACAAAAUCAUAUUUGCUGAAAAACAGCACACCCGAAUUUAUUUCUGGGCUAUAAGGUUUUCAUUAGUUCACAGAUGUCUGCUGUGUUACCACACAUGCUCGGUGCAGCAAAUGUUUAUUUCAAGCAUGUCAAGUCUGUUUGUUUAUUUAUGCUACAUUGACAUUAAUUAAGCGUGUAGUGUCUGUACCCCGAAGGCAUUUCAUUUUCAUCUCUUCGCGCACUUGUUUAUUUAAAGGUAUAAUGGAAUUCCUACGUUUCAAAGACCAAAAUCAUUAUUCACUGUCACUGUUUGUGUUAACAAGCAUCAUCUUGUUUUUAUGAAAAAAAUGUGUUUAAUUCUGUUUUUGGUAAAUUGGUACAACAGCUAAAACUUAUUGGCUUAUUAGUUUAUUUAUGACUGCACUGUAUGGAAAUAUGCAUUAGUACCGCACAGUAAAAUACAUUGAUAUAUACAGUACAGGACUUUCAGUGAGCUUGCUGAGCUAUGAAUUCUUAACCAGGCUUAAGCUAGAGGCACGGUUUUCAAUUUUACAAGGUUGAUUUUGUUUCUAUACAGCUCGCACAACACCCUCUCCGAAUGGCCUGUGGAUAUACAGUCCUGCACGUCUUUCCCUACAGUUUGUUAAUUGGCUCCAUAUGACAUAAAAAUGUUGUUUCGGUCACGCGAGGCUGCGUUCAUGAUUACAUAUUUGAUGUCGGUUUGGUAUGGCGUUACUUAAUGCUAGAUGGCCAUGAAUACUUUAAUGUGAGGCUUUAAUGUAAAUCUUCAAGACUGAUUCUUUGUCUUUAUUCCGCUUCAAAUAAGUGCCUGUUGGUUGGCGUUUAUGCAGUGUAGCAGGUUAACUCGAUAAAAAUCUCAUCUGUUUUGCUAUUCUAAUGUGAAGCGUUAAUAUCGGAAAGAGAUUCCUCAACCACUGUGUUUCCUGGGUUGACAUUAAUGCAGCGUUGCAGAUAGAGGCUGAGAGACAAAAAAUCACUAGCAAUUUAUUUCCGAUGUGUCAUGUUCUCUGUAGCAAUUAUGAUUCUGGCCUAUUGUGUGGGGAAUAAAAGAGACGCAAAGAUAGCAUUUGCCAUUUUUUUGUGAACUGAUGCACAGCUACUGAUCUGUCACAACAAAACGCUCUCUCUCUCUCAUGAAUGUUCAGCUGCACGUGUCUUUGACAUGCCGCUGGAAGCCAGCAUGUGCCGAGCGCGUUAUGAGAUGGCUGCGACUGUGGGUUCACCCUCGGCGGCGGCCCUCGGGGACUAUAUUACAUAUUUAUCAUGACAAUUAGGAAGUCUACGAGGCAAGGGCCCUUCAAUUUAAAAUGGCCCUGUGCAUUGAUGCAGUCUGUGUGUACCGCACGAGCCGCAGAGUUUCAAAGCGGCUUAUCUCAAUGGCUUGUAUAUGGCUUUACCGUGUGGCUUUUGUGCCCCCCUGUAUGUUCCAUGAAUGCAUGAGAGAUACUCAAACUCUUCAUUACAGCUACAAGCCCAGUGUUCUGCGCAUCCCCAACAAGAGCUCAGCCACUCCUUUUCACUGUACAACUCUGCUUUUAGAGAAAAUAGCUGCUCGCCAAGCGCUCAAGCGAGAGGGGGGGUAUGCGGUCUGAAAAGCUGUGAUAAGGGUUCACACAUGCAGUACACAAGCACACAAACAUACGCAGACAUCUACAAACCGAGGUUGAAAAUAGCUCUUGUUUGUCUGGGUGACAUAUGUUGUAUAGCCCCGGGCUACGGGAAGCUAGAGUAAAGCCAGAACCUACAGCACAGGAUGUUACUGCAGUGCACGUUACUACGAUUCAACCCUCCUGUGUUUUGCCAUUCAUGAAGAGGAUAAGACAUUAGAGAGAAAUCAAAAAAUACAUACACUACCUAUCAGAUUGUGGUCAUCCACUCAGUAUGGGUAUGAAUUGACCUGCAAAAAAUUUGCCAAACCGGGUUUACAUCUAUAGACUAUACAGUGUAAUAAAGAAGAUAUCAGGUAGAAUACUUAAAAUGAUGCACAUUCCAGCAGCCCUCGAAGCUUUUCAGGCCCCGCUGGAUGCGUGCAGACGAUAGGGUCCUAUAGUCCCCGGCUCUGCAUUCACAGCUGAAUGCGCAAAGUUAUGAUGCAACGGUUCCAGUCGUGCAUGAAUGAAUGAAUAGUUGCAUUAGCAGCUCCUCGCAUCGGCCCUCUGAUGUCUGCUUACUUUGAUGUUUGGGAAGAUGGACAGAAAGGAGGGAUAGAUGGUGAGUGAGGUAAUAGAGGAUGGAGAAAGAGAUGGCAAAACAUGAGAGGGCGAGAUGAAAGACGGAGCAUUCUGACUUUUCAUGUUUGAAUGAGGUUUAUGUUGCAUAAUUUAGAAAGCGAAUCACGAUGGAUAGUGGAUGAGGUCAUGACUAAAGACGUCCUCUCCGCUUUUCCAGUCAUAAGGAAUGGCGCAAGGGCGGGGCUCCCAUGACUGACUGACUGACUGACUGACUGACUGCAAACUGGCAUUCAAAUCUGCCUCCAUUUUGUUAGCAACGCCCAACUUCCAACAAUCCAUUCAGGUCUCGAUGGACAAAAUCAAGUCCCACCCUACAUUUUUUCUCUCAUUUCAGAAGCUGUUUUACUCGGAUAUAGGUCACGGUACGGAAAAGAAGACAAUCGCUACUUCCGUGUCAUGGUGAUUUUAAAGUACAUGGACAACCCACUUCUCAUUAAAGGGUUUGGCUAUUUACAAGCACAUGUAGAAUAUCAACCGUUCAGUUGUACUGAAUAUUUCUACACCUGCAUGACGACUUAAACCCUAUUUACAUUUACGCAUUUGGCAGACCUACAUUGCAUUAUACUAUACACUUGUUUCAAAGUAUGUGCAAACCCUGGGAUCGUACCCAUGACCUUGGGGUUGCUAACGCCAUGCUCUAACCACAGAGCUGGAAGGCAAACUGCAUGCCAUUGUCCAACAUGACUGAUGCCUUUAAGUCUGAAUGAAAGAAAUUCCCACAGCCGUGCUCCAACAUUUAGCAGAAAGCCUUUCCAGAAGAUUGGAAGUGGUUAUAGCAGCAAAGGGAGGACUCGCUCUCUAAUAACCCUCAUAGUUGUGAAAUGGUGUGGUGUAUUUGAAUUGCAGCGGAGAAAGAUAAAGGUCAUUAUCAGUUUUUUUACUGUAAGAAGCACAGCCUUUCUAUUUCACAUUCGUUAACAUUUGUUCAAGCAAAAUCCACAUGUCCUUUAUCCCAGCAGUCCAAUGCAGCGAUUGAAUCAUUAAAGAUCACGGGCCCCUAGGGGACGCAAGACCACAAAUCUCAAACUCGCUUUCUUGAACCUGGGUGGCAUACAGACCAUCAACUCCCUCAUGAAGUGUUUACACGCCAGCCAAUGGAGUGAGAAAUCAAGUGGAUCUUUAGACUGUGUGACUGUGACUGUUUCAAAGUGAGACACACGAAGGACUGAGGAGUGGAGAAACAUGAUUGGAUGGAUUUAAGUUGCAGAGAAAACCAAUACCUCAGAAUCAGCUGCGCAGAUUUGACGUGAGCCCUUAAAGGAUUGAUAUUUUGAGCGUGUUAUUGUGCGACGUGUCCUGUGUCUGGGAUAGAUUUUUAAUACAGGCUAAUGUUUUUGAAGAUUUAGAGCCGUAGAUUCGUGCAUGAUCAUACGGUGUGUGGACCGGAGUGUAAUGAUAUUUAAGGGUGCUUACAUUUUACAAACAAACAUAUACAUAUGGGAGGUACUUCUUAUGAGCAAGCCCAAUCAGAAGAGCUGUCACUCAAACUCAAUGGGGGCGUGGCAUUUCUCACCACCGCUUCUCUGACUUUCUGCUGCAGUUUUGCUGAUUUUAUCACGUUUGAAAGGCUGUUUAUACGAAAGACUUUAUGAAUAUACAGUGUAUAUAUAUAUUGAUACAUGUAAACAUAACACUUUAUUUUUGCUUUCUUUGUACUAUAUUCUCCAAAUGAAUUGAUUGCUUUAUUUUGUUGAUUCUGUUCAUAUUAAAACCAAACAAAAAGUUGUGCAAUAAUGAACAGUGGAGGAAAAAAAUAACGAGUUGUAAUUUAAUGUACAUAUUCUCAGCCUGGUGGCAAUAAAGAGGUGACGAUUUGAGACUGAGGAGUCCUGACCUCUUUCACCUUUGUACAUGUACCACCGGUCCUGCUUAAGAUUUCAUUGUAAAAUGUAUUGUAUGAAAUAAAAUUUAAGAUAUUGAGACUUUAUGAAAAACAUUGUGCAGUGUGUUGUUAGUUUGUUUAUUUAUCCUUGGGAUAUGUCAACAGAAAUCGUUUAAUGUUGUGUAAGUGUUUGUCUAGCACAUCAAUAACUGUGUGUGCGUGUGAAUUCAGCCCGAUUAAGGUAAAUUGGCCCUCAUUGACACAGACAUUAGUUAAUUUCCUCUUUCUAAUAUAAUCUGAUGGCAUUGUCAAUGCACAACGACCCUGUUCAGUGCUUACAGGGAAAACGGAGCCAACAGUUUGUGUUUCUGUGGCAAUGGCACCAUUUUAAUCCAUUUCUUGCCACAGAUGUUUGCUUGUGUGCAUGCCAGAUCUUCCACUUUGUUAUUUGCCCAAAGCAACACUGCUGAACAUCAAUCUUACCCAUCACGCUGUUGAAUUGUGUGUUAGUCUGAGCAGUAAAAUAAUAUCUCAAGCCUCAAACACAUAUGCAGCUAUGCACUUUCAGUAACAAAAAUGUAAGUAUUAUUGACAACCUGAUGUUAACAUUUAGUGGUCAAAGCUAUACCGAGAUGUCUUUUCUCUCUGCAAAA